CUAGUUCUUUCGGGAGCUAGGAACGACAGCGAACGACAUUGGUCCAGAGAGAUAAAAAUAACUAGGAUAAGACUUGAAUUCAUCAAAUUCUGUGGUAACAACGAUACAGUAGCAGUUGUCAAGCUGGGCCUCGACUCUUCUUUUUUUUUUUCCUUUCCCCCUUUCCCUUUGGAAUAUUCCUAAGCCAUUAAUAGAGGCAUAAUGGUAAACCAACAAGCAUAUCAAGACGAGAUGGUUGUCUACAUGCCCCAUGCGGAGCUAUAUACUAGUAAUCUAUAAAAAGCGCGUGUUAAGAUUUCUUGGAUUAACCCUCUUAGUAAUAACCAAAGUAGGCCUAGGCACGGCUCUUAACCCCAUGCCCCCGUUCCCAUUAAUACCCUCCCAACUCCUUGGUUUCGUCCGGACGACCGUCGAGAUCGGAGAUCAGAGGCGGAACCCACAUGUGUGUAUAUAUUAUGUAUGUAACCUAUGUGCCACGUACGGCUAGGCGUGUUGGCGUAUGUGUGCCUCUUGUCUCGCACUCGCCCCUGAAUAGCGGAUAUACGUAUGUACCUAAGGUAUAGUAGUUCGGGUGAAAUGAUCUCAGCUCUAAAACUUAGGUCUUCUCGAGAUGCAGCUUGUUAAGAGCAUUUUGAUCGAUGUGCAUGCAGCCGGCGACCGCCGUUAACCAUAUAUGAGUAUAUUUAUAAGGUGAUUGUGGAGGAGUGUUACGGGCUUGUAAUCCAUUUGCAACCCAUCGAACUCGUUAUAGUGGAGUAAGACAUAUACUAUGAAGAGUCUCCUGCUAGUGCUGCUACUGUAGUUUUUACCGUAGACUAUUCUCGUACAUACGUACAUAGAGGAUAGAGAAGCGUACUAUGUAAUAAGCGCAUAGGUGGCUUUUCCCCGUUGCGCUUGACCCCUUGUAGUCCCUCAUGCUCGCUUACUCCACUGCAAGAUCGUAUUUCUAUUACAUAGUACAUUUUAGCUUGUCCGGAUGGUAUUAUUCGUCUUAGACUUGCAGCGUGCGUCGUAAUGUGGCUCCAGGGAGGAAAGUAGGUACAUGAUAUUUAAUGUCCGUAGGUACGGGAUUCGACAUCGCCGUAGCGGCGGUGGGCUUGAUGCCCGGUUAAACUUUGCCACUCCGGCUCCCACCCGGCUCAGCAAAAAGCCCAUGGC